CCCGUUUUUGCCGCAGGAAUUCGGAAUCCGUCACCUACUUCUGGCAGAACUGGAACAUCCCCGUGCACAAGUGGUGCCUCAGGCACUUCUACAAGCCGAUGCUGCGGCGGGGGGUGGGGAAGCGCACGGCGCAGGCGGCCGUGUUCCUCGCCUCCGCCUUCUUCCACGAGUACCUGGUGAGCGUCCCCCUGCGGAUGUUCCGGCUCUGGGCCUUCAUGGGCAUGGCGGCGCAGAUCCCGCUGGCCUGGCUGGUGUCGCGGUUCCUGCGGGGGCACUACGGCAACGCGGCCGUGUGGCUGUCCCUGAUCCUGGGCCAGCCCGUGGCCGUGCUCAUGUAUGUGCAUGACUAUUACGUGUUGCACUGCAACAACACGGGAUAACACGGGAUAACAUGGGUUAAACCGGGAUAAACCACAGAAACCGGAAUAAACCGGAUAAACCACACAAACCGGCUCAUGUAUGUGCAUGACUAUUACGUGUUGCACUGUAAUAACACGGGAUGACACGGGAUAGACCGGGAUAGACCGGGAUAAACCGGGAUAGACUGGGUUAAACUGGGUUAAACUGGG